AUGCACACAGCAGGACCCAUUAUGAACAUGGAACAACCAUCCCAGAAACGAGUAUCGAAAGCAUGCGACGCGUGCAAGAGGAGGAAAGUGCGUUGUAACGGCCAAGCACGGUGUCAACAGUGCGCGCAUCUCGGCUUGCGGUGCAUCUACUCACCCUCCGGCAAGCAAAGGUCUCAGGGCAAGCGAGGCCAUAUCAUCUCCGAGUUCAGAAGCCAAACGUCCAAUUUGCCUGCAAUAUCGCCGCCCAUACUGCCUGCUCAUUCAGCAGCAGCUAGCUUUCAGACACCGUACAGUCCCAUCUCGCCGAUACUUGACCGUAAUGGAGGCACACCAACAUCUCCUUCGUCAUCUUUCACAUCACAGUACCCCAAGGCUUUCUUUCUCGACCUCAUCCCGGAUUACGUUGCUGGGGUGUAUCCAGUUCAUCCGGUCAUUGCCGAACAUGAGCUCCGACAGUACAUCGAGGUCAUGGACAGCGACCCAGAUGUCCGCUCAUUCAUCUACGCAUUCGGAGGCUGCACGCUGAACUUGACCCGGUAUGGUGACCGCCGAACAGAAGAAAUCGUCCAAACCAUCGAAAACCUCAUGGACUACUCGAUCGAUACCAUGAGGCGAACCCACAAGCAUUGCCAUUUCUCGGUCAUGCGAGCCGUGCAGUCAAUGUUCAUACACAACUGCCUCAUGAGUCUGCAAGGUAGCGACAGCGCAUUCUACUACAUGCGAGACGCCAUUACGAUCAUCCAGCUGCUGCAGAUCGACAAGCCGGAGAACGUGGCCCAGCUGUCUCCUCCCGAACGAUCCCGAAGACAGCGGCUCUACUGGCAAGCGUACAUACACGAGCGAUUCAUAGCUAUCCUGGAUUACCGGCGUGCCAUUCUCCCUCCACUCUACACAUUGCCGGAAGACGACCCUACACUACCGAUACAGGUCCACGAGGGCUUCAAUCAGAUCAUCAAGCUUUUCCGCAUGCUUGAUACGGAGUUCCUUGAUAGCUGGCUUGACACGCAAGGAGGCAACGUCACCAGCACGUGGGUCGAGGCCAAGUCGCGCGAGCUUGAAGGCGACCCUGAGGCUGACGCACGGGAGUUGGCCAUGUUGUCCAUGAUGCAACGAGCCGAUCUGUGCAUCACGCGUGAAUGGCUGCGCACUCUGGUCUGGCGCUUAGCUAUGAGCCAAACCCUCUUGUCUUCUCGAUCUUCGAAAGAUUGCCUGUCGCUCUUAUUCCCGGUAAGGCUGUCACAGACAUUACGGCAACAAUUAUCCAGUAUGUCGCGCCACGACAUCGAAGUACACGGAAGCAGCAUCACUCAGAAACUUUUCGAGAUCACAGAUACGAUUGCCGAUGUUCUUAUCCACGUUCCCGCCGCGACUAUCGAUGAAACGGCACUGAGGAUUGACGAUUUCCUCUUCAUCCUAGACUUUGUCCUGCUGAUUCCACACCUUGAUCAGACGCGUCGAAGCAUACUGCUCGAGAAGCUAGAGCGCCUCCAAACGAUGUUCCCUGAGGCACUCAGCAAUGCCAGUUCGCCGAACCUACCACACGAUGUGAAUAGUCCGGGUGGGGUGAACGACCCUUGGUAUCAAGUCACGCAAUCAAAGACAGCUGCAGGGCUAGAGGAUAUGGCGGACGGAUUGGUGCAGGUUCAAGCCCAAGAAAUUCCAAGAUCAGAGGCGAGAAGUGGACAUUUGGCCACAUGGAACAAUAUUUCACAACGCUUGUCCAUGCAGGUCGCUCAUGUAGCUCAGUAA